GUAAUCGCCGCACCGUUCCAUUAGCCACCGACGAAACGAAAUGUCUUGUUGUGAUUAACAUUUUGUGGUUAUAUUUACACCAGUUACAUUAGUUUGUUAAGCGUAAUACGUAUUAAAGUGAUAAAUGGCAGGUUUUACCGAAACAGCAUUCGCUAAAAAAUUAUCCGAUUUAAACAAUUCCUCGCAAAGCAUUCAAACUUUAUCUUUUUGGUUAAUACAUCACAGAAAACAUUACACCACAGUGGUGAAACUAUGGAGCAAGGAGCUGCUAAAAGCGAAAGACAGCAAGAAACUCACCUUCAUGUAUCUCGCAAACGAUGUAAUACAGAAUAGUAGGAAAAAGGGCCCCGAAUAUGGACAGGAGUUCGGCGUGCAUUUGAAGAAGGCGUUCGAGCACAUGUCGGAAGCGGAGGAGAAGACGAUAAACAGCUUGGAGAGGCUGUUGUCGAUUUGGAGCGAAAGGGGAAUUUAUACUGAAUCUCAGAUCGCAGACUACAGAAACGCGUUACGGAAAGAAGGGCCUCCAACUAAAAAACAAAAAUCAAGUGAUAAGGUUUCUUCCAAAGAAAAGAAAAAGUCGGAGAAUGAAGUCACUGUUGAGGUGGACGGGAUGGUGGAAACGCAUGUGCACUUGAGCCCCCACACGCCCGCGGGGGACCCACCGGAGCCCGAAGAACUGAUUAAAGCUAUCCAAGACUUAGAAAACAAUAUCGCUUCUGCUGAUGAGGGGGUUCGUCAGAGGAUUGCACAAUUGCCAACUUCCGUUACCGAAAUUUCAACAAUAGCGAAUAUACAAGACAAAGAGCAAGCGGAGAAAUUGAGCCAACAAGUAAACGAAGCUGUGACUUUAUUGAACGAGUACAACAGUAGAUUAGCGUCGGAGAUGGAACACCGCAAAAAAGUUUCCUCCAUGAUCAGGGAUUUCCUUCAGGUGCAACAAGAACUCCUAGCUCAAGCUGAACAAAACUUAGAGGAGUAUCAAGAUAAACUAAUUAAGGUGUACAACGUGCGAAACGAACUGAAAUCUCACAUCCAGAAUCUACCCGACCUGACCCAGCUGCCAAACGUCACAGACGGCUUAGCACCAUUGCCAUCAGCAGAACAUUUAUUUAUGCCUUAAAUUAAGCUGUGAUUACUUUAAAUCUCAACCAACCACAGCAUUCGAGCACUUUGUAAACGGAUUUGUUUGAUAAGUGUUGACUGGAUUUAGCUGAAUUUUCCUUAGUGAUACUGUAAUAUCGUUUCAAUUUUACAUAUUUAUUCGAGCACAGGGUGCUAUAGUUGUAGGUAAUGUUGUAUGGACGGAAUCUGGAACUAAGAUGUAGUCCUUUUUUAAAUAAAGCGAUUAUUUCAGCGUGCAGAAGUGA